GCAAAGGGAGUCUGUAAUCCUGUGGCUCUGUACGUCAUCAACCCCGGAAAUCCAGCAGGUGUGGUCUCCGUGCUGGAUAUGUCGAGCUGGUAAAUCUGGAUCCUGCUGUCAUGAAAUACAUCAACACACUGUUCUCCAAAGAUGCUUGUUCACCAGUUUUAGGUCAGAUUGCCCUGGAUCUGAUGACGGACCCUCCAAAGCCAGGAGACCCCUCGUACCUGCUCUAUAAACAGGAAAUUGAGCAGAUCAGGACUGUGCUGGUUCAUAGCGUGAAGAAAGUCCACGAGGUUGUCAACAGCCUACCGGGAUUCAGCUGCCCACCCAUUGAAGGAGGAUUGUUUGCGUUCCCCAGACUGCACCUCACACCAAAAGCUAUUCAGAAAGCCAAGGAAUUAGGACUGCAGCCAGACACAUUCUACUGUACGAGACUGCUAGAAGAAGGUGGAGUGUUUACCGGUCCUGGUUGGGAGUACGGACAAAAGGAGGGCACCUACCACAUCAGAUUUUGCAUCGCGGUCCCUCAGGACGUCAUGGAGGAAUUACUGAGACGCCUGAGCAGCUUCCACAUGACAUUUAUGAAGGAUUUUUCUUAAAGACAAAGUUCCCAUUGGAGUUUUUUUUCUGUAAUCCCAUAACUCUAUAUAGAAAAUCAAACCAAUUUUUGAAACAGCGAUGUUGAUUUUAAUAAAUAUGACAUUUAUUGCAUACAAUCUUUGAUCAGCCAUCUUUUGUCACUACCCAUUAGAGUAAGAUACAGCUUCAGCUUUUCAGAAAGCAACUAACCGACUAUUACAAGUUCCAAAUUCAAAGGAGGCCUUACAUCAGCAAUCAUUAAAAAUUAAAUUAAAAAAAAAA